CGACGCUUCAUUCAAUGCGUGCUCGCUGUCCCGUUCGGUUGUGUGUGCGCGGUGCCCGUUAGUACAGUGGUGUUGGUGCGUACAGUCGGAAGAGAGCUUUCGCAGCUUCGAUCAGUGUUAAACCGUCGCCGUUUCAAACGCGUUCCAGAGAGCGUUCAAUGCGCGCGUACAGCGAAAGACCUGUGCCUGGCUGUGUGUGAGAAGAAACAGAGAGUUGCAUGCAUACCUGUGUUCGCCGUUACUGUGUAAGCACGUCCGUCUCGUAGUGUCCCGUCGUCGUCGUUGUCUUCGGUUUGGGGUGUGGUGCGCGUUUGGCGUUUAACUUUAAAACACAGCGUUCUGGUGGCGUUUGGCCCAAACAAAGCUUUCACGCUACCUACGCAUUAUACCUGUGCAAGUGUCGACGGUGAAUUGUGCAAUUGUGAUAGAAAAGAGUGAUUUUCUCCAGAGAGAAAGAACAUCUAGUUCGGUGGGUGACGUGUUCAACAUUCGGUUGUAUCCGCGUUCCCUUCUUUCCUCGAUCGUUCGUGUCCGCGCACCGCCGCUCGCGCGAUCAUCCACUCCGUCCAUCUUGCCCUCAUUUCACGUGGUAGCGCGUGUGCUUUCGGGGUGUGUUAGCAGGCAAUCCAUCAUUACUUAACGCACACACACGCUCUCACACGCACACACAAACAGCAGUAUGCGAAAGCCAAGAAGCAACUCGAUGAUGCUCACCAGCAGCAUCAACCUGUCGACGAUGCUUGGGAUGGGCGUGCUGCUGCUCGCGAUCGGUGGCCUGAUCGGUCCCGCCAGCGGACAGCGCACACCAACCAUCUCCUACAUCACGCAGGAGCAGAUCAAGGACAUUGGCGGUACGGUCGAGAUGGAAUGUGCAGUUCUGUACGCCAGCGACUACUCCGUGCACUGGGUCAAGUCGAGCAACGACCGCUCGGACGUGGUGUUUCUGUCCACGGGCAGUUCGCUUGUGCUGAAAGAUUCGCGCUUCUCGCUUCGGUACGAUCUGUCCUCCACGACCUACACGCUCCAGAUCAAGGACAUCCAGGAGACGGACGCCGGCAUCUACCAGUGUCAGGUGGUGCUGUCGGUGACGAACAAAAUCUCGGCCGAGGUCGCACUGAACGUUCGCCGACCGCCGAUCAUCUCCGACAACUCCACCCAAUCGCUGGUGGUGUCCGAGGGCCAGCCGGCCCAGAUGGAAUGUUACGCUUCCGGUUACCCGGUGCCACAGAUUACCUGGCGCCGUGAGAACAACGCCAUUCUGCCGACAGGUGGUGCAACGUAUUCCGGCAACGUGCUAAACAUGCACUCGGUGCACAAGGGAGAUCGGGGCACGUACUACUGUGUGGCGGACAACGGUGUUAGUCGGGGCGACCGGCGUAACGUCAAUCUGGAGGUAGAGUUUGCCCCGGUAGUGACCGUACCGAGACCGCGCGUCGAGCAAGCCCUGCAGUACGAUAUGGAUCUGGAGUGUCACAUCGAAGCGUACCCACCGCCGGCCAUCCGCUGGCUGAAGGAUAGUGUGCAGCUGUCCAGCAACCAGCACUACCAGCUGUCACAGUUUGCCACCGCGGACGAGUUUACCGAUUCGACGCUGCGUGUCAUUACGGCGGAAAAGCGCCAGUAUGGGGAGUACAUCUGCCAGGCGUCGAACAAGCUGGGCGAGGCGGAGGGCCGCGUCGAGUUUACCGAGUCCGUUAUUCCCGUGUGUCCGCCGGCAUGCGGGCAGGCGCGUUACGGUGGCGGUGCCAGUGCAAUUUCCGUCUCGAGCGUACUGAUGGCGGUGGCCACCGUGCUGACGAUGGUGGCAAUUGCACAGUACGUGAAGCGUGCGUAAGGUCAAACACACACGCACACCCACAAACACAUGGACACAUUCCAGACCGUUUCUACCGGAACCAGCACACCGGAGUCGAACCAAACAGAAGAGCAAAGAAGCGAAGCAUCACUCACACACACACAAUCAGCAGGAACUUUGUCUUCGAGCAGUCAAAUGCAAUCAAUAUUUGAUGGAUUCAGCACUCAGGACGAUCGUUUUUUUUUUCUCAUCAGACUGAUCGGUAGGAACACCAUAUCCAGGCAAACCAUGAAAACAGUAUACAAUCAUUUAUACAACAGACAAACACGCACCAUUGCGCGAGAAACAGAUAAGGAACAAAGUGUAAAAGAGUAACAUUAGAUAGCGGAGCUUGGAUAAAGGUGAAUUUUAGGAUUUUACAAUUGACACCAAUUACUACCUAAAAUAGUGCCUAAAUUUAAUCUCUUUCGAACAAUCUUCGUCAAACAUACCUGGGACACUUUCUUAUACAGAAGCGUUGAGAACCAGCAGGAACCACGUUCAAACAUAUCGACUGAAGACAAAACAAAACAAGCACAGAUAAAAGAGAAGAAGAAUUAGCUUUUUUUUGCCUCCCGUGUCCCGAUUUUCUUUUGUGGAAAAUGGGAUAAAAUCCUGCUGACAAGCUGCACACGAUAAUGAUAAGCUUUAGAAGAUGGUUUUUUGAACGGAAGGAAACGCUAGUGGUUUUAUGGUGCUUUCGAGCAUGUCCAAAAUCGGUAGUUGAAGCAGAAACGUAUUACAUGCAUAAUUGAUUCCCUCCAAGGUAUCUGUGAGAAUGAUAGCUCUUGUAGGUGUAGGCCAAGGGAUGAUUGAUCCAGCUAGCUUUUCCCUCUUCUGAGACAUGCCUUUAUGCGAUCGAAGAGGAAGGCAAAGAAAACGAAUGCGUUUCGUUUGGAAUUUAGUGCUAAGAACUUUUUUUAAUUCGAAUCGAAAAAUGCGUGUUAAAUGGAAAACAAAGGAAGGACGCCUCGUCUCCGCUGGUAGGCUUUUAAAUUCGUGUACAUCUUGAAAAUUUUCCAUCAAAUACAACACACAUAUAAAGGAAACACAACAUUCGUGCACUGCGCCUGGGCCCCCCCUUCCGGCUCAUAUUAGCUGAAAAAGAAAACUAAGCGAUAGUGUGCUAUACAAUACAAUUUUCUAGCGUAUUUUAAUUUGCCUUUUCGGUUUCGUGUAAGUGUAUGCAGCAAACGAAAGCAAACAAAACGGCCUGACAAGUUGCGCGUAACGAAGUGCGCAAAGCGCUAAAAGACAAACGCUUAAGCAAUUUUGGUUUAGUUGCCGCUUUUGCCGCGUGUGUUCUAAUGGGAAGUAUUUUGCAGUAGCAUUUUUUUAGUAUGAUUUUUCUUUUGUAGUAGUAUCGACGGUAAGAAAGGACGAAAAGCGCGCUAGGGAACCUCUUAGGGUAUGUGGGGGUAGAGCUAAUAGAGAAAGCGCGUGGGCGAGACCGAUGUAAUAAUGAGUGUAAUGCGCGUCAAGCAAAACGAUAAACGAAGAGAGCAAAUAAAAGCGUUUUAAGUUAGAUUUUAAUUAUAAAA